UUGAAAUUUCAACAUGGAUCAACAAGCAUUAUGCAGUAUUUGUGACACAGUUUUGAUCAAUGACACCGACACUGUUGUUUCAGUGAAAGAGAGAGGAUUAAAAAAGUUGAUUGAGAAAAGCAUUGAGAAGGAAGACAGAAAAAGCGAGUUAUGGCUCGGAAAGAUUGAAAUGAACUGACACUUGGUGAAUUAAGAUAUAGGAUAUUUUCAUCAUCGGCUGCUGCUUUUAAAAAAGAAGUUAUCUUAGCUUCUUUACCACCGACUGAAUCAGCCCUACGAGAACAUACAAAACGAGUGUAUUAUCAAAUUCAACAGUGGUUAGGCAACAAUCUAAAUCCGGACGAUUGGGGUUGGAGAAGAACCUUAUUUAUGAUGAUACCUAUCAUGUCAAACGCGGAACCAGCACCAAAGGAGUUAAUAGAUAAAGUUUCUUGUAGCUGUAAAACGAAUUGUUUAUCAGCUCGAUGUGGUUGCAAAAAAAGUGGUUUAAAAUGCAAUAAAUUUUGUAAAAGUUGCCAAGGCCAAAGCUGUGAUAACGCUUCUGCAAGAUCGUUUAAUCUUGAGGAUGAUGAAAAUGAAGAUAAAGAAGAUGAAGAAAGAGAUGAUAGUGAUGAUGAAAAUGAUGAUGAUGGAAAUGUUUAUGAGGAUGAAAAUGAUGGUGAAGAAGAAACUACUGUCGAAGACGGAGAACAAGAAAAUGAAGCUAUAUGUACAGGACGUAAAACUGUUAAAAACACUCGUUCAAAAGUAUCCACACAAAAGAUUUUUUGUGGUUGUAGAACCAAUUGUGCAUCAGCAAGAUGUAGUUGUAGAAAAAGUUCUCUCAAAUGUAAUGAAUUAUGCAAGUUUUGUCAUGGUGAUACAUGCAAUAACAGUAUAAAUGCAGGCGUUGAUACCAAUGAAGAUAGUGAAUAUGAGACACAUACAAAAGCUAACGAUAAAGACGAAGAAACACCUACUGAAGAAGAAAACGAAGGAAGCUCAACUGUUAGAGACAGCAGUCCACUUGAUGAAAUUUAUAUUAACUUUGAAAAAUUUUAAUAUAAUUUUUGGAAUUGCAAAAUCUAUAUUUUUUUAUUUAUUAUAUAAUUAGAGAAUCAAUUACUCUUAGGAAGUUUCUUCAAAUUUUUUUAAUUGUAAUACAAUUUUGUAAUCUAUUAAAAAAAAAAAAAAAUAUUUUCAU